GCCCCACAACAAGACGGAAGUGAGCUGCCAAGAUGUCUGCGCCCGAAGAGCACGCGCGCGCCGAAGCAGAACAGCAGGAGAUGGACGAAGCGGGCAGCGAGGAGGACGAGGGAAUAGACGACAUGGAGGAAGAGGAGGAAGGAGCGGAAGGAGACGCUGAGAGGAAAGUAUACGUCCCCGGAAUCGAGGUGCUUCGGCCCGGUGAGGAGCUGGAGAUGGACCGCUCCGCGUAUCGCAUGUACCACGAGUGCCAAACAGGUUCUCCAUGUCUGAGCUUCGACGUGCUGAGAGAUGAGGAUGGAGACGGCAGGCAGGAGUACCCUCUGUCCAUGCUGCUGUGCGCGGGCACACAGGCGGACACGGCUCUGAAGAACAGACUUCUCGUCAUGCACAUGCACAACCUGCAUGGAACCGAGAAGGAGAACGAGGAGGAAGAAAGCAGUGAUGAGGAGAGUGAUGAAGAGGAGGAUGAAGAUAAGAAGCCUCAGCUGGAACUAGCCAUGGUGCCUCACUAUGGAGGGAUCAACAGGGUUCGAGUGACCCGGUUUGGACAGAAGUCAUUGGCUGCUGUGUGGUCGGAGAAAGGGCAAGUAGAAAUAUUUGACCUCCAACCUCAGCUGGAGGCUGUCCACAGUUCUGCAGCCAUGACUGCUUUUAUUCAAGAGCAGAAGGAAGCCACGGCGCUUUUCAGUUUCUCAGGACACAUGAGUGAAGGCUUUGCAAUCGACUGGUCACCUAAAGUCCCCGGUCGCCUCGUCACCGGCGACUCCAGAAAGACCAUCCACGUGUGGGAGCCGUGUGAGGGUGGAGCAUCGUGGCAGAUCGACCAAAGACCUUUCAGCUCCCACAGCAAGUCUGUGGAGGACCUGCAGUGGUCGCCCACCGAAGCUACGGUUUUUGCAUCUUGCUCUGUGGAUCAGUCUAUUCGUAUCUGGGAUAUCCGCGCUCCACCCAACUCCAUGCUCUCAGCCAAUGAGGCGCACUCGUCGGACGUCAACGUCAUCAGCUGGAAUAGGAGCGAACCAUUCCUGCUGUCUGGGGGGGACGACGGACUUCUGAAAGUGUGGGACCUGCGACAGUUUAAGACGGGACGCCCCGUGGCCAACUUCAAGCAGCACUGCGGUCCCAUCACGUCCGUGGAGUGGAACCCAGCAGACUCCAGCAUGUUCGCCGCCUCCGGAGCUGACGACGUCAUCAGCCAGUGGGAUCUGUCCGUGGAGUCGUGCGACGCGGGCGCCAGGGUGGACGGGGUGAAGGACCUCCCCCCUCAGCUGCUGUUCCUUCACCAGGGUCAGUCGGAGAUCAAGGAGAUCCACUGGCACCCGCAGAUGCCCGGCGUCAUGAUCUCCACGGCGCUUUCGGGGUUCAACGUGUUCAGGACUAUAUCUGUGUAGCGUCUGGGUGGAUUUCCCUCCGUGAGAAUUAAGUGUGCAAUGAAAAACUUGUGUUCGUUUACAUAAGUUAGCUGUGUGAGUAACUGCUCAACUUUUUAGCAUUUUGUUAUCGACAGACACAAAAUGCCCCAAUUUAACCGUUUUCUCUGUAUGUUUUACAGAUUUGAGUGUUUUAGGAAUUUCCUGACCAAUAAAUAAACUAAAUUUUA